CUUGACGACGUCGUUUGAAUGUAUACUGAAUUCCAAGUUUGCAAUAGUAGAAAAAGCUUUACCUUGGUUACUUCCUUGGAAAGCACAAGAUCCUUCGUUCAUCGGCUUCACACUCCAAACUUGAUCUAAUUCAGAUUCAGAUUCAUCCAUGGCGACCGAACCCAAGGCAGCCACCGAGGACGUCAAGAUCGAUCUCUUCGAAGACGAUGAUGAGUUUGAGGAGUUUGAAAUCAACGAAGAAUGGGAUGACAAGGAGGAAGGGAAAGAUGUGACUCAGCAGUGGGAAGAUGAUUGGGAUGAUGAUGAUGUUAGCGAUGAUUUUUCUCUUCAGCUCAGAAGGGAAUUGGAGAGCAACAAUGAUAAGAAUUAAACCAUCUGCUAGUGUUCACUGCUGUUUUUUUUUUUCAUCUUGCCUGCAAAUCAAAUGGAAAACUAUCCCUUGUUAGGAAGGAAAUGUGAGACAGUUAGAACAGAACGUAUGGACAUAAUUCUUCUGCUCUUCCUUAAAGAAUAUCUGCCUAGUAGUUAUUGAUCACGUGUACUUUUAACUGAGUUUUAUUUACUUGGCAUCUAGCUUUAGCA